AUGGAUUAAUCACCAACUCAAAAAAUCUAGUUGCCAAAAUCUAAUUAAUAUAAACGUUAAUCGACUAUUGAAUAUCCAAUUGUGUAUCAUUUAUUAAGCACAUACAUGUUAACUGUACAGAAGAAUACAAAACUUAACAAAAAUGAGAAAUAGAUUAGAUUGGUUGAGAUGGGCAAGAGAUUGGGAUAAAAUGUAAUGGAGUCAUUGGCAUCAACACAAUUUGAAAAAAUUCGACUUAAUCCGGAAUAAGGGAAAUAUACAGAUUAUGUUAAAUUCUUUGGCAAAGACUUUUGGACUUAUAUGUUCGGACAACCAGUUUCUAAAGUUUAAAUUAAUAAAGCUGGUUCACAUUACGACAUUGAAGAUAGAUAUGAAGAAUAGAAGAAAGGCAACAACACAAUAACAAAGCUUGGUUUUCAGAUGACAAGGAGAAUCAGAUUAAACGAUAAAAUUUAAUAAGAUGAGUAUUUGUCACUUUGGGCAAGUUUUGUUUAAGGCUUAGUGGUUGGAGGAAUGAAAGCACUCACAAUUGAUUGCGAUUCUGAAGUUGAAUUUAUCAAUAAUGAACCAAGUGACUUAAGAUUUACCAUACAAAUUCGGGACUUCCUUAGCAGCAAGAGCAACUUCUUGAUUUGAUUAAUAACAUUAUCAUUAAUUAUUAAUUUAUAGGAAAUGAUGA